AUGAAUGCGUAUCCGGCCGAGCUGGUGCAGCAUCACUAUGCUUGCAUGCUCGUUGCCGGCCUGACUGGCUCCGCGUCUUCGUCUCAGCCUCCGCUAGCGCAAGCGCAAGCGCAAGUGCCCCCAUCGCAGCAGCAGCAGCAGCAGCAGCAGCAGCAGGCGCAGUCCUCGACGACCGCUGCACCGGCGGCCGCGAUCAACGGGCCUGGCUCGCCCUCUUCCUCGCCUCCAAGACCGCUGGCGCCCAAGAGGGAAGAGGCGGCCGCCGUCGGACAAGAGGGCCAUGCGGCGCCGACGCCCACUCCGACGCAGGCGUUUCCGGAGCUGUGCAAGGACCUGUGCGAGGUCUUUGACUCGCGGGGCAGGGGCACCGCCUGGGACCCAGCAAAGGGACAGAGCGCAGUCUUUCACUCUGUUCUCGUCGAUGCGAACGUCCGACUGCCGCCCCGGAAGACAAGGCCGACACCGCGGACGCUCUCGAGUGCCUCACCGGAGCAGCAGUCGAUCAUCAACAAUCUCCCGCCGCGGUCUCCGCUCUCGCCAUUGCACCCUUCGAGCCCACUGUUCCCAGAUGGACUCGUUGCGCCCAUCUGGAUGAGAAAGCACCGAGAGCUCGUCCCUGCCAUCUUUGUCGGCUUUCACUGCCUUGCAGAGCCGCCGCCACCACCGCUUCCAAAGAAGGACAAGAAGAAGGAAGAGGGGGAGGAGGAGGAGAAGGAGAAGGAGGGAGAUGACGAGAAGGAAGAGGGGGGAGGCGAGAAGCAACAGCCAGAUGACUUCGAUGCGUCUAUGGCCAAGGCGGGCCAGGAGCUAAAGAGGCGAGACGAAGAGCUCAUCAAGCAGAUUGCAGACAGGAAGCGGACACUGAGCGAGAGGGGCAUCAAGCUCACCGUCGUGCUCCUGACCACAAGAUCGAUGCUAGAAUCACCGGCGCUCGAGACUCGACUAUCGUACAUUCGAAGAUCGUCGAUGCUCGACUCGCGGGCUUCCCUCUUUGUGCUCACGCCCGUGUCCAAGCCCGAGCUUAAUGAGUUUGUCACGUCGCUGCAAUCGGCCCUCUACGACCCUGCACUGGACUACUACCGCGAGCACAUGCGGCGGGCCCGACGGAAACGGGCCAGAUACCCUCCGCCUUCCUCGCUCGUCACGCAGAUCAUGACGGCGGCCGCGCAGCUACGUGGAAACAACAUGCCGAUCAAGGACCCGCCGCUCAGCCGCGAGGGCUGGCUCGUCCGCAACGACGUCAAGCUGGGCACCUUUGCCGAGCUCUCUGCCAAUCUCGCCGAGGCGCUGCAGCACUACGAGACUGCGUACCACAGCCUGUCGACAGAGCUCCUCACGUCGACGCUCCUCUUGCCCCCUCGGACAAAGCGAUGGGCCGAGGCAAAGGUGCUCGCAGAUACGCUCAGCGUGCGCAUCAGCAAGCUGCACCUCUACGCCAAUGACGGAGAGGCGGCCUGGCGACAGUUCCGGUUGCACAUCAAGCGCUUCACCGAGCUCAGCCAGGGGUGGGGCAUCGGCGAGAUGACGUUUGAGUUCUGGUCCUGGCUCGGCAAGCAGUAUCGUCUCAUGGGCGAUCUUCUCGACCUUGGCACUCGGCCGAUGCCAGGCUCACCCCUUCCAGCGUUUGAGGUCCCCCAGCACCACCCGCCGCUACCACCGUUUCUGCUCCAUCCCUCCCACCUCCCCACGCCGACGGCCAGCGGGCAGCACUAUCCGCAGGUCUACAAUCCCCAGCAUGGUCCCUUGCUUCCGCCAAACGAGGCGGCUGUGCAAUCUGGCGUCGCUCCCGCCGCCAUGUGCCCAGGUCCUGGCGAGUGCUUCUACCUCGCUGGCCUCUGCGCCCUGGAGCGAUGGUCGCGCUUCAAGAAGCUGUCGGAGGCCGCAGCGGGCAAGGAAGACGACGGGCAAUGGUCUGUACUCGCACAGGAGAAGAAAGUCGACCAUGCCGCCCAGGCCAUCGACGUCUUUACGAGGGCCUACGAGCUGUUCAAGCGAUUGGGCAAGAUCCGACUCAGCCUGAGCGUCGCGAGCAAGAUUGCGAAUGCGUACCUGGAGAGCGGCCAGCAUGAGAUGGCGCUUCGGUUCCUCGAGCGCAUCGUCAAGACGUAUCGUGUCGAAGGGUGGGAGGCGCCCCUGACAUCACUGCUCUUGCAGUCUUUCGAAUGCGCAACACAGGUCGGUGACGUCGAGAGCCAGGGGAGAGCCCUGAUGGAGCUGUGCAGGCCUUCUGCAGAGACUCUGACGGACGAGCAGCGGGACCAGGUCCGAGACGAGCUGCAGCGAUGGUGGGGUCAACGCGAGAGCCAGACCCCGCUCGAGGUCGAGGCGGAGUCCGUCGAUGGGGCCCUCUGUGUCGACUUUGUCUUUCUCAAGCCGAAGAUCGACCUCGGUGUGGAGCCGGCCGUAUUCCAGCUCCGUCUCUCAUGUCCCGACGACAGCGCGCUGCCCCCGAUUCCGUUUGUGGACGCGCGCAUCUAUUUGGAGGGUGAGAGCGAGGACCCAAUCGUGAUACAGGGGGAAGCAGACGUCAAGGGCGAGUCCGUCUCCCAAAUCGCCAAUGUCGGCGUCAUUGAUCUGACCCGGCGGAGCGACGUGGGGGUGAAGGUGGAUCUGCGCUGGGGAAGAGGCGUCACAAGAACUCUGCAAGGUGCGCUGCGAGCCGACUGGCCACAGACGAUUCGCAUCUCCAGAGUCGUCCUCGCUAGCCCUGCUGUCGAGCUGGUGUUCAACCUGCCCGUGGCAGAUGAGGUGCCGCUGCUCCAGCCGUUCCAGCCACACUGGAUGAUCAACGCCGAUCCACUCCGGCUAGUCGACCUUCGCCAUCGGCAAGAGGAAGCUUGCGUCGUGACGGUCUCGAGAAAGAAGCACAACAUCCGCAUCGAGGUGGUACACGAGGAAUUUGCGUACCUCGACGAAGAUCUCGUUGUUACGAUUCGGCUGCACAACGACGAGGAAAGUCCACGCGAGGGCGAGGAAGAGGUCGAUUGCUCGGUCGAUGUAGUGCUGCAGUCGGGCGAGGCGAAGCUGGUGUGCGAAGAACAGGAGAGCAUCGCCAUGCUGCAGGGCAUCGCUUUCGACAAGAUAAAGUGCGGUUCCAUGGUCGAAAAGACUUUCACCGCCAGGGUGAGCCAGGUGGCCGCGUUUGAGAUUGUGGUGCGCGCCUCUUCGACGGUGGCGCCGACUGGGUCGCAUGCCGCUGAGACACACACGAGCGAGCUUCUCCACCACCUUUCGCUCGGCCUGAGACCUGCUUUCAGCUGUCAGUUCUCGGCUGCAUGGCGAGUGGGUGAGGCAAAGUCGCGACAGAUUACACCGCCAAACAACAGCAACAGCAACAGCAAUGGCGGUGGCGGUGCGACGACGCCGGACUCUGAUCCUGGCAGCGAAGUGGAUGGUGUCUCGUCUCUGGGCAUCAACCUGGAUCAGGCGCCCGUUAGCACCAUUGCGGCUGUCAAUGCCUGCCUCAACGUCACUGCGCCUACGACGCUCGUCAUUGAGACGGUCAAGCUCGUAUUGGACCCUGCGAACAAGUACCUGCGUCAGCUGGAAGACCAGGAAGCAGGGGCGGGCGUCGUUGGUGGAGAGUGGAUCCGGGGAGAUCGCUGGGGUGGCGUGUACGACGUCGAGGUCCUCUCAGCAGGUCCUGCUUCCAACACAGAAGAGCAAGAAACGGUUGGCCCGACUGGCCACCUCGAGGUGAGAUGGAGGAGGUCCACCUCGUCGUCUUCCGCCGCGGGAGUCACAACUACCAGACUGCCGCUCCCCCUUCUCGUCCCACCCCAUCUUCUCGCUCGGCUCGUUGUUUCUGCGGCCCCCGUUGCCUCGAUUGAGGCGCCCCUCGUAGUGCUCCUCUCGCUCGUCAACCCGUCCAAGAAGUCGGCCGUCGACGUCUUUGUGGUCCUCGACGAGCACGAGCGCUCGGCCUUCCACCUCAGCGGGCCCCGCAGCUUCACGGUGCCCAACUUGCUUCCGCGCAGCACCAGGAGCGUGCCCGUGCAGAUGUAUGCGCGCGCAGAAGGGCUCCAGUACCUGCCGCGCAUCCGUGCCUGGCAAAAGGAGCGAGCAGAGAAGCAAAGCCAGCAGGCCGCCGGCACUGCGACGAUCAUCAACGAGACGCAGGGCGGCGGCGUGCCCCUCGAGGUCCGCUUCCGCCACGGCACGGGCGCCGCGAGCCUCUCGGCCGUGGGCCAAAAGGCCCUGGCGCAGCUCCAGGUCGCACAGCAGGCGCAGCCGUCGUCAAUGAAGGAGUGGCGCGAUCGGCGCAACUCAUCCUUAGCCGUCCUCAUCCAUGGCCCCGGCGGCGCGAGCGGUGCCGAAGCAGCACAACAGCAACGUCAUCAGACUUCAUGA